ACUGCUGCGUUGCUGCAUUGGGCGUGGAUUCUCGCUUCCGUCUGUCGCCUUACGGGGGUAAAGUAGCGCGACCGCUAGGUGAGAGGAUCGAAAUAUGUGGGCACCGCUGCUUCUUGGGCCCCUGUUGGCGAUACAGCUUCACGGCGGUACGGCAGCAACAGCAGUUGGCUGCGAAAGCGAGUACAUCCAUGUGGCGAGAACCACCGAGUUUAAGGCUGCCGAAGGCUGCUACCGUCGGGAGGAAGGCAGCGGGCCUAGCGGCGGCGCUGCUGUCUACGUCAAGGAGGCGGCCGACCAGGGGGCAGUCUAUCAAACAACGGUCAGCAAGGCACCGCGCGGCAACUCGCAUCAGUGGAGAAUCGGCAUACAGCGCGCAUCUGAAUCCUCACGGGUGCUGUGCAGCGGUUUGUCUGUCAGCGCUUCGAUGGACUCGCCAACGCUUGUCAAUGAGUGGGAGUGUGGCAGUUCAGCUGGGAAUCUCUCCGCCCGACGAUUUAUCUUUGGGAACGAGUUGGUAACUUGUGGCUGCACUAGCCCCCAGGAAGAGGGUCUCGUCCUGCCAACUGAAUACUUGGCCCGUGGAGAAAAGCGCGUGAAAUCGCACAAGACCGGCGCGCGGGGGAGCAUCAGGGGGCGUGGCAGCAGCGGGAAGGGGGUGCACGGUGUUUUUGCGGACGCUACCGGGGUGGCGCUGGUGUCUCGAGCCUUGGAGGAGGACGCCGGCGACCUUCAUGGCUUUUGGAUAUGGGUUAUCGUCGCCGGGAGCAUCGCCGGGCUCAUUGUCCUUUGCUGUGUGGGGUGGUACAUCAGGAAUCCCUUCUUCUGCCAAAAAAGUCCAUUGCCUAACCCAGACGCACCACCGGGAGAGGAUGCUGCACCCCAGGCUCCCAAAGCAAUAUUUCAGCCUUGGGGGGCGUCUGCGCCGCCCAAAUAG